GUUUUAUUCGUUUUCUUCACUCUUUGAAAAACUCGAUCGUUCUUCUUCAUUGAACAUGCCAAGCAAGAAAAGCAACGUCAAGAAAACUACAAAGCCGCCUACUUCGGCAAAGUCUGGAUCAUCUCUUAAACGAUUCAGUGUUGCACCAAAGAAAGAACCUAAGAACAAGGAUUAUUUACCCGUGCCCGAAGUAGAUGAAAAUGACAUUGGAAUCUCUGAUGAAGACUUGGAUUUCUUUGCUGAAAAUGAAGGAUUUCAAAGCUUUUUAGCAUCUAUGGAUGCAAAGGAAUUGACAAGAAAUCCAAAGAAGGAGAAAAAACCCAAAAUGGCUCCUUUGCUAAAGGAAAAGAAGCAGCAAAGUAUCCCUGAACCUACUGACUUGUCAUCCUCUGAUGAAGAAGAUUAUGAUGACGAUAAUAUGAUGAUAACUCAAGAUAAAGAAGGCUUUAUAGACAGUGAUAAUGAUGAUGAUCAAGACUUGUUACGUGAUCUAUCCUCCGAUUCUGAAAAUGAACAAUAUCAACGACAUCAACUACGUACCAAAUCCAAUGGUAAAAAGGCUCAGGAACGAAAACAAAAACAACAUAGACACUCGGAUGAUGAUGACGAAAAAGUAAUGGAUUAUGAAUUACAACCACGCAAGGUUGCUACUGAUUGGACUCGUAAAGAUUAUGUCAACAAGUUACCUAUCAAAUUACCUGGUGGUAAACUAGCUCAACAGGAAGAAGAACAAGAAGAGGAAGAAGAAAAAGAAUUUUCUGGUGAAGAGGAAGAUGAAACUAUGGUGGAAGCUAGUAUCGAGUCUACUAGUGAUCAAGAUGAAAAAGAAACCUUGGUAGGAAUGGAAGAAACUCCGGUACUCUCGAAAAAGCAAUUGAUCUUGGUCAAGAAAGAAGAAUUAGCAAGUCUAGCAACUUCUAUUCAAGAAGAUCCUGAAGACAAUGUUCAUAGCUUGGCAGCCUUCCGACAUAUGUAUAGUACUGACAAUGCGACUAUAAAAAAAUUGACUCUUUUAGCUCAACUGGCGGUGUACAAAGAUAUCAUUCCAGGAUACCGAAUUCGAACACUGACUGAAAAAGAAACUGGCGUGCAAGUUACAAAGGAAGUCAAGAGACUACGAGAAUAUGAACAAUCAUUACUUCACAACUACGAAUUAUAUCUCAAAGAUUUGAACACACUGUUAUCAAAACGAAACACAGAAACGGAUACUGCUAUGGCCUUGGUCGCUACUCGAUGUUUAUGUGAACUAUUGAUGGCAAAACCUCAUUUCAACUUUCGAUUGGAAAUUAUGGUAUCCGUUGUGGCUCGAAUGAGUAUUCUUCAAUGGGAUGAUAUGUCUGAAUUAUCUUACAAGGCGAUCCUCAAUCUUCUUGAAUCGGAUGAAUCUGGAAGAAUAUCUUUGGAUGCUGUUAAGAUGAUUACGCGGAUGAUCAAGUCAAAGGGCUAUGUGGUACAUAAAAAGGUGAUCGACCUCUUUUUACAUUUGCGACUCAUGGAUGAAAUGGCACCUAUCAGUUCAUCCUCCAUAGAUCAAGAUGAUUCAAACUCCAAAAAAAGAAAAGCCAAGGAUAAACCCUUUUUGACCAAAAAAGCAAGAAAGGCAUUGAAAGAAACCAAAGAAAUUGAAAAGGAAUUUCAAGAAGCUGAAGCCGUAGUUAGUAAGGAAGAAAAGGAUAAGUUUCACACGGAAACUUUGAAAUUGGUGUUCGCUUUCUAUUUCCGAAUUUUGAAGAAACAAUCUUCUUCACCUUUAUUACCUGGUGUUCUCAACGGAUUAGCUCGGUUUGCUCAUUUGAUCAACGUGGACUUCUUUAAUGACUUAUUGAACGCGCUUCGUGAUGUGAUGAAUCAACUUGAAGAUACAUCACUUUCAAAUCGUGGUGGCGCUGGUACUCGAAAACGAUUACUGUGUAUUACAACAGCAUUCGAAUUACUAUCGGGACAAGGUGAAGCAUUGAAUUAUGAUCUCAAGGACUUUUACAAGGAAAUCUAUCAAAUUUUAUUCAAGGCAACCUAUAGAACACAAUUGGAAGAAGAUGAAUCAAAAGUGAACAGCAGGGAGGUGGCCUCCGAGUCAGAAGCGGAACUCUUACUUCGUGGUUUGGAAAUGAUGUUUUUAAGGAAACGACAAAUCCCUAUUGAUCGAUUGGCUGCUUUUGUCAAGCGUUUUUCCUUGGUUGCACUGAACAUGCCCAACAAGACGGUAUCUCGAUGUCUUAUUCUUGUACAACGUUUAUUACAGAGGAACCCUCGUCUUGAUGCAUUGAUUCAAUCUGAAGACCGUGCCGCCACUGGUAUAUAUCUACCUUUAUUAGAAGAUCCUGAAUUGUGUAAUCCUUUUGGUACCAGUCUUUAUGAACUAUUCCUCUAUCAGAAUCAUUAUGACCCAAAUAUUCGCUCACUCGCACAGACAAUUCAACAACAACCAUCCACCAAUUAGAUUAAUUUUUUUUCUGUUAUCCUCUUCGUUAGUUUUACAUUGUAUUGAAAUAAAAUUGUUAUAAAUAGAAAAAAAAAAGAUGAUGGUCCGGUUAGAUACGGAGGAAGACCUUUUAUUUUGUUAAUCAAAUCAAAGAAUGGAAAAAAAAGUAGUAGAUGAUGGUAAACAAUUUAAGGUUUUUUUUAGUAUCCCACGUGUAGAAAAAGCCUAUCAGUUUUACAAAGGAAACUCUCGAAAGUAAAAUCUAGUCUAUACUCAUUUCAUCUUAUUUUACGUUUUUGGUUUGUAGUUGGUAUUC